AUGGCUUUUCUGGAGGAUGGGAACCACACUGCAGUGACAGAGUUCAUUUUAUUUGGAUUAACUAAUGACCCAGUCCUUAGAAUUGUCCUCUUCACCAUCAUCCUGUGCAUCUACCUGGUGACUGUGUCUGGGAACCUCAGCACCAUCCUUCUCAUCAGAGUCUCUUCCCAGCUCCAUCACCCCAUGUACUUUUUUCUCAGCCACUUGGCUUUUGCAGACAUAGGUUACUCAUCUUCUGUCACACCCAAUAUGCUUGUCAACUUCCUGGUGGAGAAAAACACCAUCUCCUACCAUGGAUGUGGCAUCCAACUUGGUUCAGCUGCUUUCUGUGGGGGACUUGAAUGCUUCCUUCUGGCUGCCAUGGCUUAUGAUCGCUUCGUGGCAAUUUGCAACCCACUGCUGUAUUCCACCAAAAUGUCCACACAAGUCUAUAUCCAGUUGCUCCUAGUGGCUUACAUAGGUGGCUUUCUUGAUGGCUGUUCUUUUACUGUUUGCUUCUAUUCGUUAGUCUUCUGUGGAGCCAAUGAAAUCAAUCACUUUUUCUGUGAUUUGGCUCCAUUAUUAAAAUUAUCGUGUUCUGAUAUCAGUAUCACUGUAGCGGUUCUCUCAUUUUCAGUUGGAUUUGUUCUUGUGGUGACAGUGUUUGUCAUAAGCGUCUCUUACACCUACAUCCUCGUCACCAUCCUGAAGACGCGCUCCGCUGAGGGUCGACAGAAAGCCUUCUCCACCUGCACCUCCCACCUCACUGCGGUCACUUUAUUUUAUGGGACCAUCACAUUCAUCUAUGUGAUGCCCAAGUCCAGCUACUCCAUGGAACAGAACAAGGUGGUGUCUGUGUUCUACAUGGUGGUGAUUCCCAUGUUGAACCCUCUCAUCUACAGCCUAAGGAAUAAUGAGAUUAAGGGCGCUCUGAAGAGACAUCUUGGUAGGAAAAUAUUUACUUAG